AGCGUGAUCUCACUCUUACCUUCCGUCAUCCAUCGUAACGGUGAUUUCGACGUUUUCCACGUUCUUCUUCAUCCCCUUCUGUUUGUCACAUUUGUUAGUCGUGUGUAUAUAUAACGACACCAUAAUAAGCCAGCUUCGUGGUCGAUCUACGGCGAUGGAGCUUCAGAUGGAACGCUUGGCUCAAAAUUGGGUUUCGGAAAAGGGCACGAAACGGUCUCGUUGUUCUUCGGCUAAAGUUGAGAGGAGAAUCAUUGAGAAAAACAGGAGAAAUCAUAUGAAGGAUUUGCUCUCCGUGCUCAAUUCUCUCCUCCCGAAUCAUAAUCCCAAGGAGCUACUGACACUGCCGGAACAAAUAGAUGUGGCGGUGUAUUACAUAAAGAGCCUGCAAACGAGAUUGGGCGAACUUAGGGAGAAAAAGGAUUAUCUAACUGGAACGAGGAGAUCUUACGAACGCACCGAUCGUAACAGUGAGAUCAGGAUUAACGAAUCGGGUUCGGCGAUGGAGGUGGCUUUGGCGACGGGGCUCGACGACUGUCAGUUAACGUUUCAUGAGAUGAUCCGCAUAUUUCAUGAAGAUGGAGGUGAAGUGGUGAACGCCAAUUUCUGGAUUGUUGGGGAUACGGUAUUCCACAUCGUUCAUGCUGAGAUUAUAUCGUCAACGGCAGCUAAAACAAUAAGGGAGAAACUGAACCGGUUUGAGAAUGGACCCAGUGGCGGCGGCGGCGAAGAGGAGGUUGAACAAGAGCUAUCUCGGUGCCACGAAAUCCAUCCGGAAACCUGAAAUUUCUCUAUCAUG